AUGGAACCCUCAGCGAAAACACGAACCGGUGGAUCCACAGCUGGAGCAUGUUCCUCAACCAGCGCGCCACAUUCUCAGCUGACUUCAGCGAAGUCCAGCUCAUCAUCACUCGGGGUUGGGCCAGUUCCAUCUAAGCCGAGUGAAUCUUGGGAGACUGCGUAUGUCUUCGCCUUCAUUUACAAAUUCACCUCGUUGUGUCACGAUCUUAAAACCGGGUUAAAGCUCCGUGCAGCUCCGGACCUUGAGCGUAUACUAGAAGUAGAUACCAGAACGGUCUCAUCAGAACCAAGUGAUGAACCAGACGCUACUUCGUCGGAUGCCCGCGAAAUUCUCACAGCGAUUUUGACUACGUUUCACGACAACUUAAAAACAGCGAACGCUAGCUCGUGGGCGAGAUGGCUGAAGACUUUUAUUGAAGACCUUGUAAAGCAUGAGCGCCAACAGCCGGUGUUCUCGAUACUCAAGUGGAAGGAAAACUAUUUAAAGACCAGAGAGAAUGGAUUUUGGGACCUAGAUUGGCAUGAGAAAGUCCACUUGCUUCGAAUACUUGUCGAUCAUCAACUUACGUAUUCCGCGAAGAUCAAGUCAAUUAUCGAUGAAAAUCAUGACAAAUCUUCAGCCAAGCCGACCAAACAAGCUGCCGAUACGAAACCCUUCCAAAAUCCAUUGUCGAUUAAGCCACUAGGCACAGAUCGCCACUCACGUUAUUGGUGGCAGAUUGAUGAUUCUCCCAGGAUUUACGGUUCUGGGAACCCGCAUAAGCCUGAUAACUACUGGAUUGUCUUGUCAACCACUAAACCCGAAUACGCCGAAUUAACGAGCAAGCUAGAUGCCAACCCUGCACUCCCACCACCACUCCAAUCCUCUGAUAUCUCUCAUGGUGCAGCUGCUACAUCUACAACCAAAGAAUCUUCCACCCAAAAGGUUAAGAUACCUUCGAUGUUUACAAACACUCGUAAAAGGACUGCUUUGCAAGAUCAACACUUACAGGCUGAAUGGCAGUUGAGACAGACGCUGGCCGAAGUUGCACAGGCCAACAUUGAAGCAGGAGAGCAGAGAGUUCAGCAGCUGAUGAGAGAAGCAGAACGGUUGGAAGAACUCGAGGCGAGGAAACAGCGCAGGAUAGCCUUGGCAAAUGCUCCAAAGCGAGAUCCGGAUCUCACUCGGUCGACGCCUGGAUUUGGAGUUCGUUCACGACUCAGAUCACAACGUACCAAGCCAGAUUACGUCGUUGACUCAGACGCAUUAGAUCGACAACUCGAACGCGCGAUUCAACAGUAUGAGAAUCCAAGUGCAGGUGGAUCCGACUCUGGUAGCAAAACUAAACUCUCUAAGCGCAAACGCAAAGGAAAAGCCGCCGGUGGUCGAGAUAGCGAUUCUGAAGACUCCGAGUAUACUGGCCAAGAUGCCAGCGCGGCUGGAACAAACGAAGUCGACGAGGAAUUUGAUGGAACUACCGAGACCGGUCGCCCAUCGCGUAAACGCCUGUGUGCUUCCAAGAAAGUACCUGCUCCAGGGGAGAGGCGCAGUCUAAGGGUACGCACGAAAGUAGAGGUUGAACCGGAAGAAGAACCUAAGCCAGUGGUCAUCGAGGAAGAAUCACAACCUUCAGCCUCCACCUGGUCCCGUUCUAGAGCCCCAGCUUCGCCGUCGAAUAGUGAAAAUGUGGAAGGAGCGAGUGCGGACCCAGUCGAGUUGAAUGGCAACGUCAGUGUCUGGAGUCGCGGGAAGCUGAUAUACGUGGCUGGAAAGAAUAAAUAUGCCUGCCAACCCAUGGUAUCAUCAGAGAUGAACAGCGCAGCCGAUUCAACGACGCAUUCACUUUCAGUGCUGCAGGCCCGACUAGAAGCCAUGGCAGGAAAUGAUGACGAUGAUGAUGAGAAGAUCACUAAUCUCCCGGAAAACUGCAUGCAGGAGGAUACAAUAUCAACCAAUCGCAAAGCCGGGAAAGAAAUUGAGCAAGGACCAACGCAUGAUCCAUCUUUAUCGAAUCUAUUUGAAGCAGACUCGCAAAACAACUCAAUGCAAGUGGAUGAUGAAAAAAGCAAACCUGCUCCUGAAGAUCAUCCUUGUGGAAAGGCUCCGGCUCCAUCACCCAUCGCCGAAUUAUUGAAUGAAAAGCAUACUCGGAUUCAGUCGGAUCAAGACCAAGCGGCAAACCAUCAAAUCAACAACGCCAGUCCCACUGGGCCUAUCCAGCACAUCAAUACUCCAGUUCUAUCCAGCGUUGUUUAA